CCGACCGGCCACGGCGACCACACCACGCCACGCCGAGCGCUCAGUACACGCGCUGUCAGCCGCCAGCCCGCCAGCCUGCGUGGCUCUCGCGAACCACGCACUUCGUACGCAAACGAUCCACAUUACGACUGACCGUUUGAGAAGACAAAACUUUUAAUCCAAUCCGCUUUCAUAAGCUACGUUAUUGUGUCUCCUUUGUUUAUAUUUGGUGCGAUUCUCUGUUCAACUUAAAGCGGGCUUUUCCGAGUGUACUGAAAGUGAAGUGUACAUAUUUGAAUGGCAUAAUUGAAGGAAAAUCGAGACCUGAACCGAAAGGUGUUGCGCACGAGUCGCGCGGCGCGAGGGUGUGAUGCGAGGGGCGCGCAGCGGCGGGCGCCGGCGCCGCGAGUAACGACCAUGCGACGCCCGCCCACCGAACUUUCCGUUGCUUGCCUCGUGCUACUCGCUUUUGUCACCCCUGUUCUGGCCGAUGUCGCCAGCUUUAUCAAGGGCGACCGUGCACCGUGUUCAAACGAAGGCGAGGUCGUCCGCCUCCAAGACUCAAAAUUCAAGCAGGACUGGAGUAGCUGCUUUCGUUGUAUUUGUAAGAACGGAUUUGUGGAGUGUCGGAAGGGCGCGGAGGAGUGUGGUCUUAUGGAAGACUGCGCCGUCGUGAUGCCUCGCGAAGGCUGUUGCGCUCGCUGCAAGGGCUGUUGGUAUAAUGGAACGGAGCAUGCUUCGCACACGGAGUGGAACGACGACGGGAAGCUGCUUCGCUGCGAAGCGGGCGUAGUCACAAUAUCACGCCCAGAAUGUUACGUCCCUUGUGACAGUCCUAAGCAUCAAAGACAUACGCAUUAUAACUGCCCAGUUUGUGAAGAAUGCAUCAUCAAUGGUCAGCGGGUUUGGGAAGGCCGUGAUGUCCGUAUAUCCGAGGAGCCCUGCUUGUCUUGUCGCUGUGUGCACGGAGCGUUAUCAUGCACAAAGCGCGCCUGUCCGGUGUUGCCUUGCGCGGUUUCUCAGCAAUACACCCCUUCCGGAGAGUGCUGUCCAAGAUGCUCACAUCCCACCGCAGAUAAAAUACUUCCAAUUUCAGGGUAUUCGCUUCCGAAACCGUGUAUAAUUGGCAAGGAGUAUCACGCACAUGUUAGUGCGUUUCGGGUGGAUCCAUGCACAGAUUGCAGAUGCAUGAACGGUACGGCCGUGUGCACGAGGCACACGUGCCCUGUGCUGACCUGCGGAGCUCGAGCGUUGCCCCCUCCUCCUGGUAAAUGUUGUCCAGAAUGCCCGCAGAUUGAAGAAGCCAAGGCGGCCUGUGUCAUAGCUGGGAAAACUUAUCAAGAUGGAGAAACAUGGCAACUAGAUGCAUGUAAAUCUUGUGAAUGCCACGGCGGAGAACCGCGAUGUGCAAUGGAACGGUGCAAGACAUUAAGUUGUCCCCCAGAUCAGACAUUACGCCAGUUACCCGGACAAUGUUGUCCAAAAUGCGUUGACAUUGACGGUAUCUGUACAGUUUUUGGUGAUCCACACUAUAAAACUUUUGACGGAAAAUUUUAUAGCUUCCAAGGUUCUUGCAAGUAUCAAUUGGUGUCAGAUUGCAAAAAUCACACAUUUUCAAUAAGAAUAUCGAAUGACGCUCGGAAUACUUCACAUUCUUCCUGGACAAGAACAGCAACGCUUCGUAUCGGCUCAACCAAAAUAAAUAUGGGGAAAAAAAUGCGCAUUAAAGUUAACGGGCAAAGAAUUGCACUUCCUUAUAACAUUAAAGGAGUAGCUGAGAUAAGUCGAAGUAACGGAUCCGUUAUAUUGAAAGCAGAAAUAGGAGUUCAAAUGUUAUGGGACGGCGAUGGAUUUUUGGAAGUGACCGUGUCUAGUUCUUACAAAGGCAAGUUGUGUGGUUUAUGUGGGAACUUUAAUUCAGUAGCAAGAGACGAUAUGAGAACACGUGAUGGUAGACUUUUGAAUGAUACUUGGAGGUUUGGAUCAUCGUGGCGAGUUGGCGGGCACCGCGCUUGCACUCGGAGGCAAGAGAGGCCGGGUGGGAUCUCACGCUGCCGACAAUCGAAACUGACUAAAGUCAGACGGCUGUGUCGAGUGUUCGACCAUCACAAGGCUUUUUCGGAAUGUGGAGCUAAGGUUAACCCGCAUAACUAUAAAGAGGCGUGUCUCUUGGAUGCCUGUAGUUGUACAGGUUAUCGAUGUCACUGCGCGGCUUAUAGAGCUUAUGCAAGAGAGUGUGCCCGUGUUGGAGCAGAGCCAUUGAAUUGGGUUCACGCAGCAUGGUGUGAAGGUCCACCGCCGCAGUGGCUCAACCGAGGAGGUCGCAAAGGAUUUGGUCGCGCCGCCACUCCGAAGGACACAAGCUUGCUGAACAUUGGUGCACUACCGAAGAGAAAUAACAGCCGCUCCCGACCUCCGCCUCCAAUUUUGCACUAAUUUACUUGUGGAAACAAAAUUACUAGUCAAUCAUGCCAGUGUGGCAAUGUGAGUAUGUAAUCGGAAUGGGAUCGAUAUUGUAUUGUACGUGGGUUGCACCUUUGAGGCGCGGCGCUUUAGGAACGAAGAUCUAUUUACAUAAACAGUAUUCAUUUAAACUACUUAUAGUUAGGUAAACAAGCUGUUAUAUAUUACGAUGUACACCACCUGUACGUACCUAUAUAGUACCUCGCCAAAUGACCAGCUUCUAUAAUUAAAUGGAUAUAUAUACCUAAUCAUUCCCAUAUUAAGGUACUUUAAUUAUUUAUCUGUGAACGCUACAUUUUUAAAUAGAAAUGGAUAUGGUUCUGCGAGACUGGACUAAGUGACAGUUGUAACGUUUCUUGUAUCAUAUCGAUUCUUUAUUGGAUUAUACAUCUGUGAAUUGUACUUAAUUUUUCUCGAAUUGAUAAAAUAAACGCUUAGUCUAGUCUGGAAUAACAAUAGCUAAUUAUUUAUUAACGUGAGGAUACUUGUUAUUUUGUGGUAUAAAUUUGGUUUUCUCCCGCAGUUCUCACCGGUCGAGGAACUUUUAUUUUGACCCACAUUCUGAAAAGUUUUCGAGUAUGAGUUUCUUUGAUAAUAAGACAAAGUUUUUCAUGCAAAUAAGUUUUCUAUCUUGCAGUAUCUACGAGUAUAUAUAUCAGCGAAAAUGUACUGAAAAUAUGUACUUAUUUCAAACGUAUAUCGGACCAGAUAAGCUCUAUUGCAUAUAUAUUUUUAACAAUAAAAAUACUUAGAUACUUAAUAUUGUAAAAAAAUGUAUGACAUUGUAAAACUGCCGUAAUUUAAGUAGGUUUUGCAUAUAACUCUGUGGUCCCAAAGUAUUGUACCAAACAUGUAUACUCAAAAACAUUUCAACAAUGAUGAGUCGGCUAACGUUACUCUUUUUACUGAAAAACUUACAAACUGUAGAGAAAAAUACCAGUAACUAGUUAGGUAUGGCACUACCAAUAAUUUUUUCCAUUAACGUGACGAAUUAAAAGUAAUAUGACAAAACACACAUGGAAAGACAGUUUUAACACAAAAUAUGUUUGUACUUGCCUGCCUACUUAAAACAAUUUAAAAUGUUUUAAAUUUGAGCGUUGCCGUUCUAGCACGACCAUAGCUUAAAUAAUCCUAGCAUCAAUAAAGAAUGUAUUUUUUAACUUCUCAACAAAAUGUGAUAAUUAGCUUUGGAUAUGACUUCAGACGUUUGGAAUAGUUCAAAUUGAGAUCUCAUCUGUAGAUAGUUGUUUACAAAAUCUUAGAUCUAGCCGAAGCCAAGAAGCUAAAAAGAUUAUAUUAAUAACUUUGUAUAUUUUAUAUACACUUUGGAAUGAAGUGUCUCAAUUAUUAUUUUAUCGAAAUGUAUACGUUGAGAGGAGCGGGUCUAUGAUUUCUAGCAUCUUCGAGCAUCUAAAGGCUUCGUAGGGCAAGAAAAAAUAUAAUUAGAGUAUCUCAUAUAAAUUCUGGCCACUUAACCGAUAGAUGUUCAGUGUUAUCCUAAUAUAUUAACAAAUGAAUAAUUUAUGACUGUACAUAUUAUUUUGAUCUAUUCCACUGCACAUAAUAAUGUGUAACGAUUAUUUUGUAAUUAGAUAUAAUAUUUUAUAUUUUAAGAAUUGAUUUAAAUUUAGUUGUAAAAUGCGUUACCAAUGAAUUUUUAUAUGAAUUUGAUCAUCCUGAUUUUCUCGUUUCAUUGUAUGCAGUCGCAUAUGUGGGUAGGUAUGUUGUUUUGUAUUUAUUAAGACUUCAAAGGUGUAUUUGUGACCAAAACACCUUCUACGUCCUAUCAGUUUUUAAUAAAAAUACCCAAAAUUUUUAUGAAUGCGCACUUCAGUUGAUGAGCCUUGCACAUACACAAAUAUCCAUAAUCUUGACGUAGACUGCCAAAAAGUUUGUUGAAAUAUGUAUAGGUAUCCGACUGAUAUGAACUGUUUAAACAACUGUUUUUUUAUCAUAUUAUAGUAAACAAAUUUGUUUUUUUUACUUAUACACUUAAUAGCUUUUAUGUACAUAUUAGUUUACCAUUGGAUCUUAAGAUUUAUAAAAUACUACAAAAAAAAUAGAAUGUUGCCACAAAAAUACUUAACGUAUGUUUUAUACACUGUUUAUAAAUUCAUGACCCUGUUUGUUCCAUACUAUUUAAUAGCUAGUCUGAAAAGAAGAUGGUCCGAAGAGACAAGGCGCAAUACCAUAAUUAAAAAUAAAAUCUACUGUUUUAUUAUUACAAGUAAUAGAAAUAAACUUUAUUGCUAUUAUAAAAGUUUAAAACUUUUUAACAUUUUACAAGUUAUUCAAUUAGCAUCACCGUCUUAGAGGAUGUUUAAAACAUAUCCAUCGCACAACAGUUCCCAGGGCAGGGAAGCACAUCCACACAAGUGUUGCCAUGUGCCCAUCAAGCUCGGGGCCUGUAAUUACACCGGCAAUCUCGCCCUUCAGGCCAGAACGCAGAAUUGGGACGAUGCGGUAGAAAUAAACGUGGUGGUAGAACUUCGCCGGUAUCCUUUAUUUACUUCCACCAUAAGUUAGCCCUUGACAAUCUACAAAUUACAAUCUCACCUGGUCGUAAAUAAUGAUGCAGUUCAUGAUGGUACCGAGCUUGCCGGUUAAGGGGUAUGGCAGUUAUAUUAAGCCAAUAUUCGUAAUCGUUUCCUACGAGGUAUCGUACCGGAACGUUGUCGAACCCACCAGACCAUUUUUUUAAUAAGUAGGAAUCUACCUCUCUCCUUCGGUUUAAACAAUAUUCGACCAUCUUCUUCAGGGUAUCUAUUAGGUAAUAUUCAAACUUACAGCAUAUUGUCUUGUAGCUGUACCUACAUUUUUUAUAUCUCUAAUACCUACUAUUUUAUUUGCAUUCCCUUAAAAUAAUUUCUUUUGAUUAUUUUACAAGUCUACGUUUUAUGUAGGCUUAUAAGUAAGUUAUUUGAGAUUGAAUUAUGUUAAUGUAAGAUAAUGCAAACCUUGUCAAAAGUGUAAUGCCAUAUUAUUAAUAUAUUUGAUUUUUAUUAUAUAUGACUUAAGUAAUCUUGUAUUAUUUCAAACGAACAUUUUUUAAGUGUCGAUGCUUUAUAUUUUAUAGCUCUCUGAUAUACAUACCUACUUAAUAUUUCAAUAAUGUAUCGUAUAAUAAUUAUAUUGAAUAAAACUAUGUUCAACCUUAAAUUAUGAACUUUUAUAAUUAUUAUCUAAUAGUAUAUUGUGGAAAGACAGUGUUGCCAAUUCUGUUGUAUACAAAUUCAAAAUUAAAAUUAAAGUAAAGUCAAUAGGUAUGUUUAAAAGAAGUGCUAUCCUUUUCCAGAAGUCACAGAGUAAAAAGGACAAGACUUCUUUUAGACGUGUCAAUUUCCUUCUAGUUAAGAGAUUUGGUACACGAGAAUCACGUUUUUUUUAUCUUUAAUAUUUAUAGAGGAUGUUUUCAAUACAGAAUAUGCCAUCAAUAAUUUUUUUAUGAAAUAGCUUUUGUUUCAGUAUCCUACUUGAAAUACUUGACAAACACAGUAACAUAUACAUAUAAGAGCGUUAUUGUAUACUUUUAAUCCCUAAAUUCCCACAGGAACGGCCAAUUAUAAGUGCUCUUCUAGGGUUUAUAAUUUUUUCUUAUAAAAAGUUUCUUUAAAUACUCGCCAAAUAAGUAUCACUCUACUUAGUAAGUUAUUGUGAGUGAUAGUUUUUGACAAGACAUGAAACCAAUAUUUAAUAAAAUUAUAAAAAAUAACAAACAUAUUUUUUUCUGUGAAGUAUUCUUGGUCUUCCCGAGUUGACUAAAAUAAAGAAUGAUUAUGCAAGAACAGAAAAUCAUAUUAUAAUAACCAAAUAUAUAGAAAAAUAAUUAUGUUCCAUGAGUAUCCACAAUUUAACAUGUAUUUAUUUUAGUUUUGUGUUUUAAAUUCUCCUCUUGUCAAGGCUGUAGACUACUCUAGAUUUUAAAAAUAAUUCUACACAUUAAACUUUUGACUAAACUUUGACAAACAAUUUGUUUAUUUACGAAGUUUACACAGAUCAUUUAAACGGUCAUAUGUGGUAAUUGUUGCCACCCUAUUGGAGAAGCAGGCGUAACUUUGCAGUAAGUGUGUUGCCAGCCAGUGUAUAAAUUAUACGAAGCCUACCAAUAGAUAGAUAUUUAUAAGCAGUGAGCUAAAAGUAACGAUAGUAACAUAUUUAAUCAUUGCAGAAUAUAAAUAUUGAUUUUUACUUCUUUCUAAAACGUCACUCGACGUUUCGUAGAUUUACGACAUCAUCUUGGUUACAGCUUUGUCACUUGUUAAAGAUUAUCUAAAUGAUUAUUGUAUUAUAAUAUAAUUUUCGACACUUUAUAUGUCAACAGUGAAACUAUUCGACGAUCAAAGAAUUACCUAAAUAAUAAAUAUGUAAUAUUCA